CACUCUCAACAAAGGGUAAGCGACAGCAAAUGUCCUUUCCAUCGACAGGGCGAGGCGCGGUAAUCCAGGUUGCAUCCUACAAACCACUCAGGAGUGCUUAGGUGUUGAGCGGGACCCCAAUCGAUGGGAAAGAAACCCCCGUUGACUGCCCUCGAUGAGGAGGAGCGCCUGACAGCUGCGGUCGCGACAAGCACGCCUGACACGACACGCCCGCCGUCAUUCGUCUCCGCAACGUUCGCCUCAGCUGGCCUGGGGAACGCCGUAUCAGCCUGCUGCACCAACCCAUUUGAUGUCCUCAAAACGCGACAGCAACUUUUGCUGCUGCGCUCCGGCGGGGGUUCGGGUGCGGUCAAGCCAAAUUUUCUGACCUUAGGCAUGGAGAUGGUGCGCACAGAAGGGAUCAAGAGCCUGUGGUCUGGUGUUACGGCUAGUUGCCUGCGAGAGCUAAGCUAUUCGACGCUUCGGAUGGGAGGCUAUGAACCGGCAAAAGAAUUUGUAGCGACACUAGGGAUAUCUCAAACCUCUUUCCUUACCAAAGUCUUUGCUGGCGUCCUGAGCGGCGCGGUUGGGGCAGCUGUUGCGACGCCGACCGAUCUGGUCAAGGUCCGUAUGCAAGCACCGCGAGCAGCGGGGCGGCCACCAUACUGGAAUACUUUGAUUGGCUUCGUAGAAGUCUUCCGCGAAGGCUCGCGGUCCACGGUUCCAGGCGCCUCGACUGGUUGUGUUGGUGGAAUCAAGUCUCUGUGGCGAGGCGUGAAUCCGACGAUCUUUCGUGCCGCGAUACUAACCAGCUCGCAGAUCGCGACCUACGAUCAGGUCAAAAAUGGAUUCAAGGAUGGAGGCUUUGGCUUCCGCAUGGACGAAGGUAUCGGGCUGCACUUUUUGUCGAGUGCGAUAUCAGGGUUCGUAUGCUCAGCGGCUAGUCAGCCGAUAGACGUCAUCAAGACUAGGAUCAUGGCGGACAAGGAUCGGAAGCACCUCGGCAGCCUGAGCGUCGUAAGGAAGCUGCUUGCCAACGAAGGGCCGUUGGCUCUCUACAAAGGCUUCACCGCAUGCUGGGGCCGAUUAGGACUGCACACGACAAUAUCUCUCGUGCUCUUCGAGCAAUUCCGCGCUUUCUUCGGAAUCAAACCAUUGUAGGAUGAGCCCCCGCCAAAGUGCCACGCCGCCUUCCAGUUGCCAUACUAUCACAUGGCCUCACUAAGGAGGCGUUCUGGCUGAACUGUGUGCCGAGAACGCCUGGAUGCCGUCAUUGUGAUCGCUUCUUUGUUCGGUGCAUAGCUCUGCCGACAUGUUGCAAUUGCUGAGCGUAUCCGAUCGCCUUUUCCCUAAAGAUGGACCGAGCAAUCACACUUGUACGUCGGGCACGGUGUAAUGGUGUUCGACCACGAGUUUUGAGCAUCACAAGUCACGAAAACACUGACGGAUGCAAGUCGAAUAUCGGUACGCGAGACUGUACGCUACAGGGCUGCCUCGCACCAUUCAUCAUUUUAUUGGCGCCGUGCAAUGCACGUUCGUCAGAGCUCCCCAGGUACAUGUAACGUGUAGCAAAGCAGAAGGCUACGUGGGGCGGCGAGAGAG